CCUUGGCCCCUCUGCCUGCUUUUUCUUCACUUUCAAUGUCAUCAUGUCCGACUACCCAGAGACACUGUCUUGGCAAGAAUUCCUAGGUCUUCGCUCUCGUACCACUCCAGGACCAACAUAAAAGAUCUGUCUUCUGCUGACACAGAACCGUAUUCCGCGACCAUACAUACCCCCGAUCGAAUUUCUCCGGCAGAGUGGUGUUGACUCCCAAUCUCAAGGGCCGAAUCCUUCGACCUUUGGAGCUGCUUUUUGACGAGAUGGGAAUCCUCGACGACCAAGUCCCUUUCACCGUUACCGUUACCUCAAAAAUUCAUACUUUGUUCGAGGAAGCCAAAACCCCAAAAGUCGAACACGAACACAAUGCCGCAUGGGUCAUCCACUAUUGCAUACACACCAUCGUCUCAGAAGUCCUCAACGCCCUUGAUAAUACCCUCUCCGUGGAUAGACGAACGCCUUCUCGUGAUUUUCCCUCAUUCGGCUACGUGGAUUUCAUUACUCACCAAGGUACCGACAAUGAGCUUAACGAGCUUCAGCGCCCGCAAGUAUAUGAACCUGGGGCGCAACAAGACCCCAAAGCCAUUGCUGCUGAAGAUGUCGGGCUCAUUCGCUCGCAAGUAACCCGUACAGCACUUUGUUGUUGUCCCCGCACUCCCAUCUGUAUGGGCGAUGAUAAUCCGUACCCGUAUGAUGUCAGCAAUGAAGGCGGCGUCCGUAUGGCGGUUCUUACGAGUCUACUCCUUCCGGGUGUCACGGUGGAUGCUCCUGCUCCGCUACCGGCUUUGAGAAAUCCUGUUGGUCUGACGCACCUCUCAACUUCCUCGAACGGAUCUGACGUGACAAAUAUUUCUCACCAUGACGCUCUCUCAGAGUCCGGACGACAGACUUUAUCAGCGAUCAUCCUGGAGGAUCUCCGGCUCCUCGCCUAG